GUAAGUGUGGAGGCCAUGUAGACCCACUAACACUGCCCUUUCUGUUUCUUCCUCACCUCUCCUUUCCACCUGUUUCUCACUGUCUCUUUUUCUUGUGUUUCUCUCUCUCUCUCUCUCUCUCUCUCUCUCUCUCUCUCCUCUCUCCAUUUCUAUCUCUAUCUCUCCUUUCCCUCCUUCCCUGUCUCUCUGGUUCUGUUUCUUCUUAUGUCUUCUCACUCUCACCCUCCCAUUGCUGUCUCAAUUUGUAUCUAUUUAUGUCUUUGUCACCAUUUUCUCUUUGUUCUAUCCUUUCUUGCUCUGUCUCUGUGCCUCUGUGUUUUUCUCUCUGUCUCUCUCCCGCCCUCAUCUCUCUAUCUCUGUCUGUCUGUCUCUUCCCCAUUAUCCCUAUUUGCAGGUGCAGCCCAGCAGGACAACUGAUGGAGUCCCCCAGGGCCCAUCGAAUACCGGACUGGCUGAUCCUGUAAGGCUGGGAGCAGCCCCUGCCCCCUCAGUAUGGCCAACGCUACUGGAGAACCCCAAGAGGUGAGCGGCGCACUAUCCCCGCCAUCAGCAUCAGCUUAUGUGAAGCUGGUGCUGUUGGGACUGAUCAUGUGCGUAAGCCUGGCGGGCAAUGCCAUCUUGUCCCUGCUGGUGCUCAAGGAGCGUGCCCUGCACAAGGCUCCUUAUUACUUUCUGCUGGACCUGUGCCUGGCCGACGGCAUACGCUCUGCCGUCUGCUUCCCCUUUGUGCUGGCUUCUGUGCGCCACGGCUCCUCAUGGACCUUCAGUGCUCUCAGCUGCAAGAUUGUGGCCUUUAUGGCUGUGCUCUUUUGCUUCCAUGCGGCCUUCAUGCUGUUCUGCAUCAGUGUCACCCGCUACAUGGCCAUCGCCCACCAUCGCUUCUACGCCAAGCGCAUGACACUCUGGACAUGCGCAGCUGUCAUCUGCAUGGCCUGGACCCUGUCUGUGGCCAUGGCCUUCCCACCUGUCUUUGAUGUGGGCACCUACAAGUUUAUCCGUGAGGAGGACCAGUGCAUCUUUGAGCAUCGCUACUUCAAGGCCAAUGACACGCUGGGCUUCAUGCUUAUGUUGGCUGUGCUCAUGGCAGCCACACAUGCUGUCUAUGGCAAGCUGCUCCUCUUCGAGUAUCGUCACCGCAAGAUGAAGCCAGUGCAGAUGGUGCCAGCCAUUAGCCAGAACUGGACAUUCCAUGGUCCUGGGGCCACCGGCCAGGCUGCUGCCAACUGGAUCGCUGGGUUUGGCCGUGGGCCCAUGCCACCAACCCUGCUGGGUAUCAGGCAGAAUGGGCACGCAGCCAGCCGGCGGCUGCUGGGCAUGGACGAGGUCAAGGGUGAAAAGCAGCUGGGCCGUAUGUUCUACGCGAUCACACUGCUCUUCUUGCUCCUCUGGUCACCCUACAUUGUGGCCUGCUACUGGCGAGUGUUUGUGAAAGCCUGUGCCGUGCCCCACCGUUACCUGGCCACCGCUGUUUGGAUGAGCUUCGCCCAGGCUGCCGUCAACCCGAUCGUCUGCUUCUUGCUCAACAAGGACCUCAAGAAGUGCCUGAGGACUCACGCCCCCUGCUGGGGCACAGGAGGUGCCCCGGCUCCCAGAGAACCCUACUGUGUCAUGUGAAGCAGGCCAGGAGGCAGACAGGCAGGGAGGUCAUGGCUACCUUGCUGGGGCAAACAAUAAGGGAAGGGUGGGCCCCCUACAGGAGCCUUUCUUUCUGAGCUCCAGCCCCAGCCCCUGGAACCACCCAGAAUCUAGGCACCUUUGCCAACACCUCCCCAGGGUUGGAGACCGGGGUGGGGGACUGGAAAAGAGGUGUUUCUAGUUCUGUGGGGCCUGUCUCUGCCACCUCAUUCUCCACUUCUACAAUCUCUGUCAUUUCCUCUUUCUUUCUCUCUCUCUCUCUCCUCUCUCUUUUCCUCUCUCUCUCAGAAGUGACAAUUCAGAAAAAGAAAGUAAGACUGAAAAUGCAGGUUUUUCUACUAACAGCUGAGGAGAUAGGCUUUCUUGCUUUAAUGUCUCUCCUUCUGACAUUGUCCAGAAGGGGGAAAUUUGUCCUGUAAAAUAGACUUCCAGAGCUCUUAUUGCCCCCUCUGCUCCCAUGCACCCUCUCCUUCCAAGUCCUUUAGCAAGACCUGGAUUUUAGGGAGAAAUUCAUCUGCUGACAACAGGGAUCAAAGGGGGUGCUGGGUCCCCAGGGAGCGGGAAUGUUUAAUUGCCACGUUGUGUGCAAUUGUUGUUUUAAGCUAACCCUGGUCCCAAGCCUGGUCUCCUCUCCCUUCCCACCAUGUCCAGACCUCCUGAGUGUUUCUUGAGCAUCUGUUCAAGAAGCCAGGAGGGGAGGGAGAAGGACCCUUGGAAUGGGCUCAGGCUAGGUGAAGAAUGGGAUGUGAGCUGCACGCCUCAAGUUGAAGAGACCUGAGCUUGGCUGCAUUCUUUCGAGCUGCCUCCUGGAUCCCCAGCCCCCAACUCUUCUUCCUGAGGAUGGAAAUCCACUCCAGCUCCACUAGGGCUGAUGUGGGUGCCAUACAGGCAGGAGCAUUCCCCCAGGGAAGUGUAGGGAGAAAGCCAAACUCCCCAGAGUAACUGGAAACCAGCACCUGGGGUCAGAGCCGAACUCAACCCCAGAUUUGUCUCCUGGGUUCAUACUAUUAUCCUGAAGAUGAAAAGUUGGGGGGUGGCCUUGGUAUAAUGCAUAAUGGUAUAAGCUCCAAGGCAUUGUGGACUUGAGUCCAUUCCUAUCUGACCUCUUUUUGUCCCCUUGAAGCCUCAGGGGCCUUGCCCCUCUUGGUAGCCCUUGGCCUUCUGGGCCCUCAGCCCCCAGAUUCCUUCCCCUGAACAGCCCUUCUCCCCUUUUUUCCCUCCAACCAAAGUGGAGCAGACUACAGCCAGAUUCUUCAGGUGGGAGAGCCCAAGCCUCCCUCCCAGGGCCGAGUCCACCCUGGACUCACAUCAUGGCCAGUUCUUAUGGAACUGGUGAGCCAAGCUGGCAUUCCUUUGCCUGGUCUUGCCCAGAUUCUUUGUCCCCCUCUCAUUUCCUGGGGGAGGGAGAGAUCUGUAUUUAUCCACACCCCUUUCCCUUUCUGAUAGAAACCCUUGUCCUAAGCUCCCUCCCUACCCCCAAGACAGUCCCAGCACUGGGGAAGCCUUGAUCCAAGAGGAAUGGGGAGGGCACUCUAGGCAGGAGAGACAUUAAUGAGCCUGGUUGUGGAGUGGCCCUGGAAAGGCAGGCCAGAGUGGCUGAGUGGGUGUGGGGGUGGGUACCUGUUCUCUCAGUGAUAGUGAUGGGGGUGCCUUUCCCAGGGAGUGGGGUGGGGGGACCACAGGGGUGGGAGUAGAUAGGAUAUAUUCUGGAAGGUUUUCCUCCAUUUCUUUUUUCUAACUGCCUGGAUUCACCAUUGGAUUUUGUAAAUGGAAAACUGAAAAGAACAAUGCUAUAUUGGAUGUUUUCUCUUUCUGACUCUGUGUGUGUGUGUGUGUGUGUGUGUGUGUGUGUCUCCUGUCUGCAUGACCACAUGUGGGGAGGUAUGGUCGAGUGAGACUGUGUGUGACUCUGUGUGGGGAGGCAGCACUGCCUGGUGCACACAUGUGAGCAAAUGCCUGUAUGUGGAGACAUAUGGCACAAACACACACACGUACACAUAUGCACCUAACUGAAAGGAGACAAACUAGAGUAUGUCCCUGCAGCAGGAGGUUGAGUGGUCAGAGAAUAGAAUUUUAAAACUGUACAUAUGUAUGCAGCAAGAGGGUAGACUCCCAUUUCGUAAAUCUUCCUCCUUUGGCCCAGGCUGUGAACAUGGAGCAGGGGCAAGAUACUUGAGAACUCCAUCUCUUCCCAAAGCCUGGAACCCCCAGGUACCAUUCCAAUUCCAUGGUCCGUCUCCUCUCAAAAACACAAAUGAGGUGUUCCUGAAAGUGGACCACAAUGGAGAAUAGGGACUGGGAAUUGGGGAUUAAACUUGAGGGUGAACUAAUGGGGUUAGAAAAUGCUCCCUACAAAGUAAUGGCUUCUAGAGGGACUGCUCAGACUGGGAUGGGAGCCCUUCUGAAGAGUCCACUGUAUACAGCUGGGACUUUGGUAACCUUUGAUUAAACUCGGGAGGGAUGUUAGGGGUGAAUAAAGCCAAGCCUGGGAGUCUAACCAGCUAUCCUGCUACCUGGGCACUCAAAUACUUUAUUUACUUAUUCUCUCAGGUGCACAGAAUUGAGUUGACCAUACUCCUCAGUUCUUGGCACACUAUAUCAUCGUUGGUCCAUGUGAGUCCCUCUUAUUCUUUUGUUUUGUUUCGUCCCUUUCAUCACUCAUCCCUGACCCAAUCCCCCCUCCCACAUAGACACCCACUCUUGUGUAUUUAAUGUAUGUCCUUCCAAUUCACUGUUCAUGUAUUUGUUUACAUAUAUGUGUAUCUGUGAAAAAUAUAUGGUAUUGUUAUGUGUUUUAAUUUACAUAAACAGUAUUG